AUGGGAGACAACACGGAAGGAAAUCCCAACGUAAAUGUGGAGCAGCCAAGAGCGGAAAAUGUGGACUACACUAGAUCACUCAGGGAUUUAUUUGCACCCGUUGCGACGAACUCUGCGUCAUGUAUAGUUUUGCCACCCACCAAUGCCACCCACUUCGAUCUAAAACCGCAUGUCAUCACACUCUUGCCCUCAUUCCAUGGCUUAGAUCUCGAAAAUCCUUACAGCCAUGUAAAAAAGUUCAAAGAUAUCUGUGCUACUUUCAAAUUUCAGAACUUUUCUGAGGAAUUUGUACAUCUUAGACUUUUUCCAUUCUCUCUUCACGAUAGAGCCAAGGCAUGGCUGGACUCAAAUAUGCCUGGUUCUAUCACAUCUUGGGAUAACUUGCUAAACAAGUUUUACAACAAAUUUUUCCCAAUGUCCAAGUGGGAUUUUUCAAGCUAUAGGGAUAGAUCAGCUCGCAUCCAAAAGAAGGGAGGCAUCUAUGAGGUGAAGGAAGAUGUGGAGCUAAAGAUGAAGUUAGAUGCCCUUACUAAGAAGGUCGAUGCCCUCGUCGUAGGGAAAUCCAUCAAUGCGGCGAACCCAUUCCAUGUGGAUUGUUGUUCCAUCUGUGCUAGUCCCAUUCACUCGGCACAGACUUGUCCUUCUUUGCCAACGUUUGUUGAGUCAUCACUGGAACAAGUCAAUGCUUUCAAUGACUUUAGGAAGCAAUCCAAUGGACCAUUCUCUGAGACUUACAAUCCUGGGUGGCGAAACCAUCCUAAUUUUUCGUGGAAGCAGAAUCAACCAAUGAAUCAAGGGGGGUCCCCUCAUCAAGCCCAUAAUCAAUACCCCCCUGGAUUCCAUCAAUCGGUUCAGGGUCGUCAAGUGCUGCCAGCACCAGCAUACCACGUUCCUACUCAAUCCCCAGCCUCUUCUUCACAUUCCACAUUAGAGGACUCUCUAAAAGCCUUCAUCCAGUUUUCUAACCAAACCAUCAGUGAAGUGAAGAAUGCCACAUUGGUGAACACCCAAUCUAUUAAUGAAGUGAAGAAUGCCACCAUGGUGAACUCUCAAGCAAUUGCCAAGAUGGAAGUUCAACUUGGGCAAAUGGCAAAUCAGUUGGGUGAGAGAGAGAAGGGAAAGCUUCCCAGCCAGCCCGUGCCAAAUCCAAGGUUGCAGUUUCAAGGAGGAGGUUCAUCCAAUGCGGUGCAGGGGCAAGAGCAUGUUCAAGCCAUUGUCUCACUUAGGUCAGGGAGACAAGUGGACAACCAAGUGGGUCUUUCUGAAGAGAACCUUGUUGUUGAACAAGAGCGAAGAAGCGGUGGCACGAAGGAGAAAGAUGUGGAACCAUCUACAGCCAUUGAUGAAACCCCUCCUAGGUCGUUUAUACCUAAGUUCUUGAAGGACUUGAUCACGGUGAAGAGGAAAACUAAUGUCCCGAAGAAGGUAUGUUUGACCGAGCAUGUCAGUUCGAUCCUGCAAUGCAAACUGCCUAUCAAGCACAAGGACCCUGGAUGUCCGACCAUCUCUUGCAUGAUAGGAGUUAGCCGUAUAGAGAAGGCUCUGCUAGAUCUUGGAGCAAGUGUCAACCUCCUGCCUUAUUCGGUUUACCUGCAAUUGGGGUUGGGAGAAUUGAAGCCUACCUCUAUGACGCUCCAAUUGGCUGAUCGGUCAGUGAAGGUACCACGGGGAAUCAUUGAGGAUGUUUUGAUUAAGGACAAGGGCCAUGAAGAUCUCUUUUGGCAACAUGACAGUGGAGCUGAACAUCUUCGACAUCAGCAAAUAGCCAUUAGAGACUACUGA